AUGCGAAUGAGUCAUGCUUCAGUGCAUGCUAUUGGUUGUGGGCCUACUGAUAGACUAUUUGAGUAUGGUAUGAAAGAGAUUGGACAAUGGAUUCAUAAACCAGAGAAUAAUGGAAUUGUCAUAAGGAUAUACUUUGAGGAUGAUCCUGAUCACACAAAGGGCUAUGAUCAUCUGAUAAAUGGACCGAUUGAAAAGUAUUUUGGAGAUUAUGUAUUCACACCAAAUGAUCGAAUUAAAUUAGGAAGAUGGCCAACAAUGCGAGAAAUGAGAAGUUUAAAUAAGACAGUGAUUGUGACCUCAGCUAAUACAUACACUCAUGGUGGUGUCUUCAUCCAAGAUGGAUACUGGACUGAAUACAAAAGAUCUAAGUUCACACCUUACCCUACAUGUGGAAAAUCUUCAAGUGCCAAUGUUUUGAGGUACUAUUGUGAUAGUACAAACUAUGGGCCAUUCUGGAAUGGUCCAAAGGAAACUGGUGUUAUACUAGAUUUCUGUGAGUUUAUGAAGUGUGGAAUUGAGUACCCAGCAGCUGACCAGGUAAAUCCAACCUUAUUAGAGACGGCUGUCUGGACUUGGGCCAAAGGUGAACCUAAUCAUCCUCUCACCAAACAAUCUUGUGUCUUUCUCAAUGGUACUGAUCACAGGUGGUAUCUAUCCCCCUCGUGUCAAACAAUGCUUCCACAUGCCUGUCUCAGUUCUUCUCAAUCUAAUGUUUGGGUUCUUGGUAGCAAGGCAACCUAUGACAAUUCUGCUGCGUGUCCACAGGGCUUCCAUUUCAGUCUUCCACUUAACGGAUUCCACCAACAAAAGCUUAACGAGGUGUCUCUUAACCAAUCAGUAUGGCUGAAUGUGACUCCAUAUCUCCCACUAUUAUUCUGAAAUAUAUUUUGCAGAAUUAUUUUCAAUACCUGCCUACUCUCAGCAAUCUGUAAUAUAAGAAGAUAAAUGACUACUCAAAAUCAAAUAAAACAUAAGAACAUGAUGUAAUGUGCAAAUUAUUUAUUUCAUAAUCCUUGAAGAUCAGUCACUCUGAAGAAUUGAAGAUAUGUACAUGUAUUAUACUAACAUUUUAUCAACUUAUCCUACAUUCUAGAAUAUUUUUAUAGUCUUCCAAUGUAUCAACAUAAUUUAUUUUUGUAUUGAGUUUAGUGCUGUUUUUAUACUGAAUAUUAAAUCAUGCAUGCAAGUGGUAACUCUACUUUGAUAUAAAAGUAUUAUUGAUUAUAAAUAUAUAUAUAUAUAUAUACAGUGCGUAUCAAUAAAAACAGGACAGUUUUGAAAAGUCUAUCAAAAUUUUGUUUGAAAUUAUGUCUAUAUUUUAAUGUUAAUAGAUGCUCUUAAGUCUUAUCUUUCAAAUGUCAUUAGAAAAAGAAGUUUCGUUCAUGCUUGAGCAAACCCAAAAAGUUUUUGUCAGGGGUUCAAAAAAAGGGUUGCGCCAAAUGGCAAAAAAUGAGAAUAAAUUGAUGAUCAGAAUUCUAGCUAAUCAGCAGCCUCCUCUCAACAUUUUCAUUAUCUGCCAUGAUUUUUUAAUUAUGCUGUCAAAAAUCAUUUACAAAGCUACAUGUAUUGAUUUACUUGAAUUCAGGGAAGGAAUAAUUUUUUAAUCUUAGGGGCUAUUUUGCCAUAUUGGGGCGAUGGCUGAAUUCUGGUGGUAUUUCUUUAAUUUCAAGGGGUACUUUUUUCCCCAGAGUAAUUAUGCUCUGAAGGCAUAUUUCAUUAUUCUGACGUAGAAUAUUGCUUUUCUUUAUUAUCUUGAAUAUUGAUGGGGCAGAUAUUGCGGCAACUUCAGAAAAGAUGGUUGCCCCAAGGGCCAUUUUGCACAUUUUUUUGGCUGUCAUGGGGGCGAGAUCGCCCGUCGCCCUCAUGUUUUCCCUGCACUGGCCUGAAUUGUUUUGUGUUUUCAUUUAGACCGGUUAUCUUUUAGCAUUGAAUAUUCCUUCAUAAGUAAGAAAAAAAAUUGUUGUCAUACCAAGCUAGGAGAUUUGAAUUGUUUAUGGGAAGAGCUUGUAAAUUAUAUAUAAAAGAAUAUGUGCAACAAAGAUUAUGAUGCCUUUAAAAGACAUGAAUCCUAUUGUCAAGGGAACAUUGGUUCCUUGAACAAGUUAAAUUGUGUGCUUGACAGGACAGUAUUGUUUAACAUGUUUUUCAAAGGCACCGUAACCUUUGUAGCACAAAAUUAAAUGAUUUUUAAUAAAUUACAAGCUCUUCCUUUAAUAAAGAAUAUCCCCUUACCUGGGUUAACAAUAAUUUUAUUCAGUGCUAAAAGAUAUCCCAACAAAAUAAUUCAAGUAAAUAGAUAGUUUUGUAAAUAUAUUUUGACAGAAUAAUUCAAAAAGUUAUGACAAAGAUAAUGAAAAGGUUAAGAGGAGUCUGCUGAUUUGCAAAAAGUCUGAUGAUCGAUAUUUUCAAUUUUUCUGCCUUUUUGGCGCAAGCCUUUUUGAAACCCUGACAAAAACGUUUGUUCGCUCAAGCAUGAACGAAACUUAUUUGUCUAAUGGCAUUUGAAAGAUAAGACUGAAGAGCAUCUAUUAACAUCAAAAUAGGAGCAUUCUCAUGACAUUAGUGCCCCAAUUUUUAUACAUAUUCAUAUCAUCUUUGUUAUAUGAAAAAAAUUCUACCCAACCUACGAAUAUGGAAGGAAAUAGUGUAGGAAAAGGAUCUUCUUACACUCAGCUUCUCCCCAAAAAAUUGCCUUAAAGGGGAAGAUCACCCUGACCCCAAAAAAUCUUGUAAAAAUAGCUGGAAAAAUAAUAUAUUGCCGAAGGUUUGAGAAAAAUCCAUUAAAGAAUAAAAAGUUAUUAAAAGUUUAAUUAUUUGAUUUGUGACGUCAUAUGCGAGCAACUCUCCUACAUAUCGUAUAGUAAAAGAUCAAUGAAAUGUAAUUUUCUCAUAAAAUUGAGAAUGAUUUUUACUGUAACUUCAGCCUCAAUGGACAAAUCAUUCACACCCAUUCCUCAAAAGAUUUUAUAUUACAUAACAUAUUGGGCAACUGCUCGUUUAUUACAUCACAAAUCCAAAACUUACACUUCUAAUAACUUUCUUAAUCUUGAAUGGAUUUUCCUCAAACCUUCGCCAAUAUUUUUUAUCAUUUUUUUUCUGCUAUUUAUACAACAAACUUUUCUUUAGGGUGAACUUCCCCUUUAAGUUGGAAUUAUAAGGAAACCACUAAGGUUUCAUACCCUUACAUCAGGUAUCCAAUACAAUCAAAGUUUUAACCAUUUAAUUUAAAGCUUGAUUCAAAAGCAAGCAAUCCUAUGUUGUCUCGCCCACCAGAGGUGAAGGCGAGACAACAAGUGGAUGUCGUCCAUCCGUCCGUCACAAACAUGACACAUAACUCUGCAACCGUUGGUCACUUUCCUACAAACUUGGAUGGUAGAUGUACUUCGGGGAUCUGCAUGUAAUGCUGCAGUUGGAGGUCACAUGGUAAGGUCAAAGGUCAUUUUCAGGUCAACAUUAAAGUUUACAUGCAAAACUCUCUUAUGACACACAACUCCGCAACCGCAAGUCACUUCACCCAAACUUGAGUUGUUGAUGUACUUAGGAGACCUGCAUGCCAUGGCGCAGUCAGAGGUCACAUGGUAAGGUCAAAGGUCAUGUUAGGACAUAUCUCCGCAACCAUACGUCACUUUUAAACCAAACUUGGGUUUUAGCUGUACUAGGAGACCUGCAUGUUCUUGUGUUAAGAGGUCACUUGGUAAUGUCACAGGUCAUUUUGAGGUCAACAUUCACGUGCAAGACUCUUGAAAUGACAAAUAUUAUUCCAUCCCAGUUAUUUUACAAUGAACUUUUGAUACAAUUCUGUUGCGUGACCUCGCAAAUCACAAUAUUUCUGGUUACUUUCAGAAGUGAGCGAGACACAACAUCACUUAUGCCUUGUUCAUGAGUUACGGAUAUAACUUUUACAGAAUUGAAAUGACAAGAUUUAUCAAUUACAUCAUUAUUACUAUAUGUAUGUUUGCAUGUAUGUACAUGUGAUUUUUUAUUUUUUACUUGAUGGCUGUAUUCUGUAGAAUUUAAAGGGGAAUGAAACCUUUAAAACAAGUAGGCUCAUGUCGAAACAGAAAAAUCAAAGAAUAAGAACAAAGAAAGUUUGAGAAAAAUCGGACAAAUAAUGAGAAAGUUAUGAGCAUUUGAAUAUUGCAAUCACUAUUCCUAUGGAGAUCCUCACAUUGGCAAUGCGACAAGGAUGUGUGAUGUCACAUGUGAACAACUUUCCCUUUGAUGGACUAUAAAAUACCCUCAAAAUGUCUCUUUUUGCUUUUUCUUAUGGUGAUACAAACUCUUUAUCCAUGCGAUGUAUUCUUUAAAAAUCUGUAUUACAUGCCUUCCUAUAGAAAGAUCACAUGAUCUACUGAUAGAUGUGAUAAAAGAGGCAAUUUAAGUGAAAUAUAUACUAAAGUAAUGCGGAGAGUUGUUCACAAGUGACAUCAUACAUCUUUGUCGCAUUGCCAAUUUGAGGAUCUCCAUAGCAUUAGUGAUCGCAAUAUUCAAAUGCUCAUAACUUACUCAUUAUUUGUCUGAUUUUUCUCAAACUUUCGUUGAUUUGUUUCUUUGAUUUUUCUUUUUUCACACAAGCUAUCUUGUUCCAAAGGUUUCAUUCUCCUUUAAGGUAUUAAGAGACUGAUUUCCAAAUCAUGAAUAAAACAUCACAGAAUGUACAUGUAUGUGCAAUCAGUAUAUAUAUCUAUUUAUAGUGCAAAGUUUAAUAGGCUGGAAAGAGUUGCUUAGUGACUUUGGACUACAUGAGCUACCGGUACUAUAUAUAUAGUUGAGAAAUUGUAGCCAUUGCAGUUAAUGCAGUCAUAAUCUACUUACAUAUUUGUGAAUUUUGUAUAAAUUGUUUAAACUUCAAUAUUUCUGUCAUGACAAAUAAAGUAACUUUAUUGUGUGACUUUAAUGCAAUAUAUAUACACUAGUAUAGGUAUGUGUACUUUAUUAUUGAAAACGAAAUGUGAAAAUUGGAACUUUAGUUUUGAUACUAUUUACAAAAUACUCUUUGAAGUCGAAUUAAGGCACAGGAGAUCUAGUUGACAAUCAUUUUGAUACAUCUUAAAUAUUUAAUUAUAUUGUAAUUACAAUUUAUGGCUGUCAACCCAGUUAUUAAGAUCACAUUGAUCGAUCUAUUUGAUAAGUCAGAAAAAAAUUGAGGAACCAGCAGGAUUUGAACCUCUCAUCUCCUGAUUGCCGUUAGGGACUGUACCACCGGGACAUCACCAUGGCACAGUCACGAUGAAAUAGGAACAAAGCCCUCAGUUCCCCUGAUUUAAUCUGACAUGCAUUCUUAGUCCAUCAUAGAUAAUGAUAUGGAAUGUUAAAGACUUGCUGGGGAAGUUUCAUUAUACUGUAAGUACAAUUUAUGGCCAUAAAUCAUACUUUCAAUGUAAUGAAACUUUCCCCAGCAAGCCUUUAACAUUCCAUAUCUAUAAUUACUCUGAAAUACCAGUUGACAGGGAGGCACAAAGGGUCAAAAUUCAAAAUGGUUAUCUAAUACAUUUUAAGAAUCAAAUGCAAUAUUAAAGUAUAUAAUGUGUAAGCAGCAUUCAGAUUCACACAGGAAGUGGGGUAUAGUAAGGUGAGUAUAAGUUGUAUAUUUGUUAUAGAUAUUACUGUAUCAUUUGAAGUGUGUGAAAUAUAAUGUAUUCUUGAAUAAAGGAUUCAUCUAUGAUCAAUGA